GUUUCACUUUAAAAUCAGAACAGUGUCGAACGUCUGUAGCUCAACAUAAAAUCGACCGGUUAAAAUACAAGACUUUGUAGAAAAAAGUGGAAUUUAGUUCAAACACUUGAGCAUUGUUUUUGUUUUGUUUGGUAAAAGCGGUACAGCAAGUAAUCCGACCCGGCAAUGACUAGAACGUGCGUCGUGCAGCAGUGCCGAUUACAUAGGAACCUUAACAAAACCACGAGAAGAUAUUUCGCAUUUCCCCCGACCAGUGAGAUUAUUCACACCAACCGGUUGAAUGCCGAACGGCGGGAGAAAUGGUUGCAGGCCUUGCGGCUGGAACCCGACUUUACGUGGCGCCACAAGGUCGUUUGUGAGGAUCAUUUUGUUUCCGGAAGGCCGGCAAAAAACACCGACAAAAACAACGUCGACUGGGUGCCUACGCUGAACCUACCAGGCUGUGAGGAAAUUAGAGAUUCCAGCGACAGUGACGAUGAAAAACCCACCAGUUCCGCCAAUUUAGAAGCUGCGAGUGCGAGCAGUCAAUCAACCGGGCAGAGCGCGCAAUUACCAGCCGAUGACGAAUGGAUUGAUCCGAAGGAAUCAUCUUCCGAUUCCGGUGGCAAUGUAACGUUUGAUAAGGACUGCAAAGUCGAGCUCGGCGACACUAUCCUGGACGGCACCGACGAGGACCGGUGCGAGUUCUGCCUCAAACUCCCCGAAGAAGAGGAUCAAAUAGUGGUGCCCUUGACCGGCGAGCCCACCAUCCGGGGCACGAUCGAGUUUGUGCUCGGGGUCAGCGUGGGAUCGCCCGUUACGGCCGCAACGCUCAACUGCUGCCUCAGCUGCUGGGGGACGUUCGAGUCGUACUAUAACUUCAAAACCAACUGCCUGGCGUCGAUGAAAACGCGUCGGAAGAUUUUGGCGGACUUGAAGCCGGAGUUGGAGGUGGAGCAGCGGCCGUCCGCCGUUUACAGCGGGUCGACCUUCCGGUGCCAGCGUUGCUUCGAGCAGUGCUCGUCGCAGGUGGAACUGGUUGAACACAUGACGCGGUACUGCUUCGAGUCGGAGGAAGACGACGACUUGGUGGAGGAGAUGGUGAAGAAACCUGAGUUAGAGGUAGAGUUUGUGGAACAUCCGGCGGACGACGACGAUGAUGAAGCUGUGAAGGAGGAUCGCACGCAAAACCGGAUAUUCCCGAAGAAUUUCAUAUUUUGCUGCCCGCGAUGCAAGAGUGUGUUCAAUCAGUUGGUCUUGCUGCAAGAUCACAAGGAGAAGUGUACCGUUCCGAGGAGGAUUGAACAACCGGAAAUGGGCGUGCAAAAUGAGCAAGGUGUAAUCGUGUACGGCUGCAAACUAUGCAAGUGCACCUACAACUCGGCCAGGUUGCUGCAGUUUCACAUGAACAAACAUUACGAUACGCCCGAGUGGGUUUGCCGCAAGGGGUGCAACCGGACGUUCUACUUCCCCAGCAACCGAAUCCGCCACGAGAAGAAUUGCUACGGAAGAAACCGAGUUACGGCACGGCUGCCCGAGCCCGUCGGCAAAAAGCGAAAACGGUGUACGGAUGAAAAGCCCCGCAAGAAGAAGUUUGACUAUCCAGCCGGCUUUGUCUGGUGCUGUUCGGGCUGCAAGGCGCAGUUUUCCGUACUGGGCGUGCUGAACAAGCACAAGAAAAUCUGCGGAGCUUGGAACGCCAACAAAGACUUGCCGCCGCGCACCGAUGAAGUGGUCGAGCAAGAUUCGGCUGGGAUGUAUCGGUGUUUGUUGUGCACAAAUUCCAGCUACAAAACGGCCAGUUUGUACAGUUUCCACAUGAAUCGGCAUUAUGAUGAGCGCAAAUUCGAAUGCCGCAUACGGGAGGGUUGCCCCCGGGCGUUCUUCAACCCCGCGUUGCGCAACAUUCACGAGAAAGACUGCCAGAAGGAUUGCGGCUAUGUUUGCACCAUUUGCGGCGAGAUGCUAAAGUCCCGCGACACUCUGCGCCGGCACAUGGAAGCACACGGCCAACGGAAGUGGGAGUGCAUGAUCUGCGGGAAAAAGUUCAAAACCCGAAACUGCUUCAAGGGCCACUGGGCGCGGCACUGGUCGGGCGCGGACCCGGUGGCCAGCGCCGAGUCCAACCUGGCCAACGUGGAAAAUCUUCCGCGAAACAUCAUCUGUGAGCUGUGCCAAACGGGACUGCCGUCGCACGGAAUCUACGCCCGCCAUCGGCGGUACUGCAACCAGCCGGAAUCACCCCCGCCGGAGAACCGACUGCAGUGCCCGGAAUGUCCGAAGAGUUUCGUCUCGCAGGAACGCUUCCAGGAGCAUCGGAACAGACAUGCGGGCAUUCGGGCCGUUCCCUGUCGGUCCGAGGGUUGUACGGCAAAGUUCUACAGCGUUCAUACCCGGAACACGCACGAGAUAAACUGCGGCAAGCAGUGGGUCUGCAGCGAGUGUGGACUUGUGUUUCAGCAGAAGAACUCGCUGUCCCAGCACAUGGAGACGCACGGGGAAAAUCCGCCGACGUGUGAGAUUUGCAACAAGCGGUUCAGUAGCAAGACGGCUCUCGGGGUUCACGCCGUCACGCAUACGAAGGAGAAGAACUACGCGUGUCCCAUUUGCGAUCGGAGAUUUACGCAGAACUCGUCGGUUAAAACUCACCUGAAAACGCACUCGGAUGAGGAGAAGCAGGGGCUCGAUCCGAAUGUGCAUGUAUUUUUGGCUAAGGAAGGGUAGAUUGUUAAAUUUGGUAGAAUUUGCUGUUU